UGUUAACAAGUUGUUAAUGUUAUGAUUUGAGCUGACGAAAGGUGAUGCAACAUCAGAAUCUUGGGUGAAAUCAGAUUUUGUAGUAUUUCUACUGGAACCACACAAGUGCAUUCAAAGGCAUCAGCCUAACAUGUCUAGUUAUUGCAGCGAAUAAACCUGGGCAAUAAACACCAAAACUAACGCCUAACUGCUCCUCAACUAGACAACAACUGUAUUCACUGGAUGUUGGUUUGUGUUGAAAACAUUCUAGAAUUCACAUUUUUGAGGAUAUAUUGUCUCAGAAAGUUCCUGUGCCAUCAUCAAACUCUGCUAGACAUUGAAAAUGUCUUAUCCAAGUAAAUUCCAAGUUGAAUAUUCACACCACAACAGUCCGGGUAUCAGUCCUGAGCUGCAGACGUAUCGGAACCUUAUAGCAAUUGGAGAUGAUAUAAAGAAGCUCAAAGCAGAGAAGCCGACUGGAUACAAGGCUCGGAUCUCUCAAGAAGUGACCAAGUUACUCGAGUUGAAGGCACAGCUUGGCAAUGAUGUUCAGAAGAGCUUUGUCCUCAAGACUGCAAAGGGUACGCGGGACUACAACCCCAAGCAGAUGGCCAUCAGAGAACGUGUGUUCAAUACAAUCAUAACCUGCUUCAAACGUCACGGGGCUGAGACGAUUGACACACCUGUGUUUGAACUCAAGGACACACUGACAGGCAAGUAUGGAGAAGACUCCAAGCUCAUCUAUGAUCUGGCCAACCAGGGCGGUGAGAUUCUCUCACUCAGAUAUGAUCUGACUGUUCCAUUUGCAAGAUAUCUGGCUAUGAAUAAGGUGACCAAUAUCAAGAGGUAUCAUAUCGCUAAGGUGUAUCGACGGGACAACCCCGCUAUGACUAGGGGGCGCUUCAGGGAGUUCUACCAGUGUGAUUUUGACAUUGCUGGCCAAUAUGACCUGAUGAUCCCAGAUGCAGAGUGUGUGAAAAUAGUCUCAGAGAUUCUCAGUGAGCUCAAACUGGGGGACUUUGUUAUCAAGUUAAAUCACCGUAAACUCCUUGACGGCAUGUUUGCUGCGUGUGGCGUCCCGGAGGACAAGUUCAGGACGAUAUGCUCUUCAGUUGAUAAGCUCGAUAAGACAUUCUGGGAUGACGUGAAAGCAGAGAUGGUGGACGAGAAAGGGCUGGACCCAGAUGUGGCUGAUAAGAUCGGCUCAUAUGUCCAGCUUAACGGCGGCACAGAGCUUAUUGAAAGGUUACAGAAGGACGAGUGUCUCUCUGCGAAUAAGGCGGCAGUGGAGGGGCUGGAGCAGAUGAAGCUGUUGCUGAGAUAUUGUGAUCUGUAUGGAGUCAUGGAUCGGGUGUCAUUUGAUGUGAGUCUUGCACGGGGUUUGGACUACUACACUGGAGUGAUCUACGAGGCCGUUUUGAAAGGUCGGUCUACGAAUGCAUCUGGUGAACAGGUUGGAGUAGGAAGUGUUGCUGGUGGUGGCCGGUAUGACGGACUCGUGGGGAUAUUUGAUGCCAAGGGCAAGCAGACCCCGUGUGUUGGUGUCAGUAUAGGAAUAGAAAGGGUCUUCUCCAUAUUGGAGGCAAGAGAAUUGGCCGCUGGGAAGAAGGUGCGUACCACUGAGACAAAUGUCUAUGUCGUCUCCGCUCAAAAGAAUCUGACUGAGGAGAGGAUGAAGUUAUGUUCAGAACUUUGGGAUUCAAAUAUCAAAACUGAAGCUUCAUACAAGAAAAAUCCCAAAACCUUGGCCCAGUUCCAGUAUUGUGAAGAAAUGGGUAUUCCAUUGGCUGUCAUUAUUGGCGAAUCAGAAUUACAGAAUAAUAUUGUUAAGCUUCGAGACAUAGUCACACGAGAAGAGUCGGAGGUGCCACGGGACAAGAUGGUCGAAACAAUACGAGAAAAGUUGUCAACUUUAGGAUAAUACGUGGCUGACAAUGGACUUAUUUAUUCCUAUGUGUUUCCUUCACUCUUCUAGAAUGUUCCUGGACUAUAAAUAUGUUAACUCACGUGGAGGACUGCAAUAUUUCAAUAUUUGGGCAAACCCUGCUUGUGAAGGUUUAGGAUUCAGCUUGUGAAGGGUGUAAACUUGUAUCAUUGUAGUGCAAGUUUGAUGGCUCCUUCAAAGAGCAUAUAAAAUUCGAUAUGGAAGCUCCCAGUUCUCAAGCAUUGUGUCAAUGUUUAGAAUCAUGUCAAGACAAAAACUUUGUCUUCAGUGUUCCAAUCAAUCCAUCAAUGGCGACUUUGAAAUGGUUGGUGGAAAAACGACAAUAAAAAAUCAAUUUAUUGUAUCAA